AUGAGGCUCGAUGUCUCGCUAUUCGGGCUCCUGACCUGCUUGUUGGGACUGGCAGUAGCAGAUUAUCCCACGAGACCACCCGCACAGGGGGAAGAGACGGACGACGAUGACACAGCAACGGUGACAACGGCCUCGGCGUCUUCAAAUUCUAUUGUUUCCCUGGCGUCGGCACUUCCGACUCCGGCCGUGUUUCCGGAAGAUUCGGGGAACCGGACGCUACAGUUUGUGAAGGGCGACGGGAUCAGCGAAUUGACAGUUACUGCUGUCAACCUGGUCAAAUUUCGUGGCGAUGAGGUUAUUGCGAGAGCCGAGUUCACGACAGCAACCACGCCGAGCACCAACGCGAGUCUGGAUAAGCGGGAUGAUGAUCUGGACGACAGAAGCUUGCUGCCUCCUCUCCCAUUAGCGACGGGAAACGAUAGCGUCAUACUAGCAUUUACCACGCAGAAGGACAUCUAUGAGAAGCACAUCAACGAGGCUCUGUAUCUCGAGUUUCAGUGGGAGAACUCGACAUCGAGUGGCAGCAGCUUUAGUCCGGUACUAGCAAUAUACAGCACCUACGACGGGGAUGCGGGUGCACUGCAGGCACUGCAGGAGACGGGCAAGAUGGACGGAGAACCGGCAAAACCAGAGAGCAUCACGGGCUCGGCCGACGACUCAAACCCAACGACGGCCCCGAGCACGGGAGCCGCCACAUCGACGCCGACCUCCGAAGCCUCUGGAAAUCAGCAGGGCGUCGAGGACUCUUCGAGCAGCAGCAGCAGCAGUGGUGGCGGCGGACUCUCAGACGGUGCCAUUGCCGGCAUAGCCGUGGGCUGCACGUUGGCCGGCCUGGCGCUCCUCGGCGGCGUCCUGCCCUGGUUCUUCUGCUUCCGGCGGCGACGGCGCGGUAGGAACCACCGCAACAAGGCCGGCUUCGCGACGGACUCGGGCUCGCGUGCCAUGAUGUUCGGCAAGGAAAUCACGUCGGAGUCGACGACGCACUCGACGUACGGCGGCGCCGACGACGGCGCCAGUGGGCGCGGCAUCACGCUCGACGGGCAUGUUGCGAGUACUCCGGGCGGAAGGCCGAGUCUGGCGCUCGAUCUCGACCAUGACGCCUACGCGACGCCGUACUCGGAUCGCGUGCCUACGCCCCCGGCGGCGGUAGCGCUGCCGGGCACCGCUGUCGCGGCGACUCAUAGAGAGAGCACGGCGGAUCCGUCGAUGAUGAACAGGCACGAUAGCGGUGUUGGGAGCGGAGUUGGGAUCGGAGUUGGGAUCGGGUCUGGGACCGGAUCUGUGACAAGCCCGCAGUCGCCCACGCCACCCGGAAACUCGCGCUUAGACUCGCGCUUAAACUCGCGCUACGCGCACCUCGUCGAGGAGGGCAUGACCGAGGACGAGAUCCGGCAGCUCGAGGCCGAGGAGCGGCACCUGGACGCGGCGAUCGAGGACGCGGGGCGGUACAGCAGUCGCGGGACCCGGUGA